CCGGACUGCGCACCUAGACUAUUGGGUCGACGUGGUCGUGUCGGCUUCCACAAACUUGGAGCCGAGUGCCAUAUCUAGAAGAAGAAGAAGUGGUACUGAGUGAAGCUGUUCGAUUGCUGCUCGUCCUCGUGGCAAUGAGGCCCAUGGUGCGCGAGCCCUCGGCAGUAAUGCUCCACGAACCUUCAGAGUAAACUCGCGCACGGCAUCCCCUGCUAUGGGACUAUAAUCGUCCCACAAGUACCAUGCCUGACAAAUUCGAAACGGUUUUGGUGAGGAGGAGCAUAUAAGCGGAACGCAGGAAGGAUGCCAAGCUGCACGAGUCUAGUCCGAUUGCUCAGACGACGUCUCGUUCUUGGACUCAUUUUCGCCCUGUCGCUGACGUAUUGUGCCUUUUCGUUGCUCCGAAGUGAAAAGAAAGGGCCGCAAAAUCUGAACGCGAUCGCAAGUGAUCUCGAUAUGGAUCCCAUGAUGAUUAAUGAUAAUAAUGAAGACUUGAUACUUGAUGAUAACGCGCUAGAAGAGUUAAGAGUGACUGAUAAGUCUCCGCUGUGGCAGGUGGAACUUGAUCAAGCAGUCAAUGAUAAUGCUGGAAAUAUGGAUGCAUCUAAUUUAAAUGAAAGCGACGCUUCUACUCAGACUUGUCGUAAUUCUGUUCAAGGAAGAGGUUUGAUAGUUGAUGAUCAUGGUGUUGUAUGUUCGAGACACGAAGUUCUAGCGAAUGGAUGUUGUACGAUAGAGCAGAGACAGACUCCAAAAAAUGAAGAGUCCCUGUUUAUGGGUAGGAGAGAAAGCUAUAGCUGCAAAACGUGCAAUUCCCAAGGGUGCUGUACCAUUUACGAGUAUUGCGUUUCCUGCUGUCUGCACCCUGACAAGCAAAUAAGAAGUCGAAAGGACUUGCUGUCGGGCUCUGCUAAAAUACAAAAAGACGUAGGGAAAACACCUAUUCGCAAUCCGGAUCGCUUUCAGUUUUGUCUAGCCAGUUGUCGCACCUCGAGCUCCAGUGUGCGACACGAGAACACUUACAAGGAUCCCCUCGCGAAGUACUGUUAUAACUCGCAACGACAUCGACGUAAUAUCAACUCAUUAAAUAAUAACGGCGACAAUCUCGCCGUUGUCGUUACUUCUUCUUCUGUGGUGACGUUACUUGCCUAUCCCUCUCCCAAAUACUACCCUUAUUUAUUCAAUCCUACACCAUUAUUUGCAUCGGUCUUAUGCUAGCGUUAUCUAAUUAUUUUUAUCGUGAAAUAAUAUAGCCAUCUUGACAUAGA